UUAAUAAUUCAAAAUUUCCUGGAUUAGUAUUAUAUGAAUUUAUGAAAGAACGAAAUAGUCUACAAGAGUGGUUAAAACAUCCAAGGAUUUAAAAUAUAGAAACUUAUGACGGAUCAAUCAUUAAUGUUAAAUCUUUAAAGGAUUUGUUUUGUUUUUUCAUUCGAGGAUUUUGAUGUUACAUGUACAGAUCAGAUGAAGGAAGUUCGUGAACCUCUGACAACAAGCUUUAUUGUCCGAAUGCGAGGUCUGACAAAAUAUUCCACUCUUCUCAUUCUUUUCUGGAUUGGAGCACUGACGGUAUACAUCAGUUUUCAGCAAAAUGAAAACGACAGGCCGAAAAUACUGGAAGGUGGAAUACAGGGACAGUAUAGUGCCCCGCUGAUUUUUAUUGGGGGAGUCCCUCGCAGUGGGACGACGUUGAUGCGCGUGAUGUUAGAUGCCCAUCAGGACGUGAGAUGUGGCGAGGAAACACGUGUUAUUCCGAGGAUAUUGAGAGCCAGGACUGACUGGACCAAGUCAGAGCGGGAGAGAAAGAGGCUGGCCGAGGCCGGGCUUAACAAUCGUGUGUUAGACUCAGCAGUCGGGGCCUUUAUUAUGGACAUCAUUCAGAACCACGGCGACCCGGCUCCGUGGCUGUGUAACAAAGAUCCCUUUACAUUGAAACACAGUAUUUAUCUCAGUAAAUUAUUCCCCAAAGCCAAGUUCCUAUUAAUGGUUAGAGAUGGACGAGCAAGUGUUCAUUCAAUAAUUUCCAGAAAGGUUACAGUAUCCAAUUUCGAUCUAAAAGAUCCUAAGAAUUGUCUGGAAAAAUGGAAUGCAAUUAUAGAGAACAUGUAUAGUCAGUGUCUUCACAUCGGACCUCGUCGAUGUAUGCCGGUGUAUUACGAACAGCUCAGCCUCCAUCCGGAACUCUGGAUGCGGCGAAUAUUAAAAUUCCUGGAGAUUCCUUGGAGUAACAAUGUGCUGCAUCACCAGGACUUCAUAGGAAAAAAAGGAGGUGCUUCUUUGUCACAGUCAGAGAGAUCGACAGACCAGGUGGUAAAACCAGUCAACCUUGAAGCCCUCAGUAAAUGGGUGGGGACGUACCCUACCAGCGUAGUCAGGAACAUGGGGAAGAUCGCCCCGAUGUUACGGCGGCUGGGGUACGAUCCGGAACUCAACCCCCCUCAGUACGACCAUCCGGACCCGAGGAUUGCCGACAACACUCUACAUCUACAACAGCACAAGAAAUACUGGAGGAAUAAAGGGGUAGAGGUCACAGAUCAAAGGUUAUAGGUUAACAGGAACAAGGGUCAGGUCAAAGGUUAGAUAGAUCAUCUGUAAAAGUAUCAAUAAGAACGUCCAUAUUCAAGUCUGAGAAAGAGUCGUUUAGAAAUGCAAAUUUUUAGACGUAAUUGUUUGUUUGAAUAACGUUGCGGUAUCAAUUUUAAAAUGGCAAAAAAGUAUUUUUGUCAAACUCUACGCAACCUUUGUUCAUAUUAACCACAUAAAACCAUUAAAACAAGGAAAAGGGUUAAGGAAGACUUGGAAGCUAUUUAAUAAUUAAUGCGCUGAUUAUGAAUUCUGAUGAGCUUCUUGCCCUAAGGACAACACGUUUACAAUUUCUCAGGAUAAUAUUGAAUGAACUGAAGAUACACAUUCACGUUAUAAUUUUUAACGGAGGUAUACUAACAAGCUUUCCUGAUGUAAUUUAUA